AUGUCAAAUAGCGCCUGGGCGGAAGAAUACCCAUCAGGAAGAAGUGAAUACCUGCGCUUUGAAGGAUCUGACCACAGGCCAAUCAUCACCAUCUUCGACCCCACCAGGAAGAAAAAGAGAGGUCUUUUCCGCUAUGACCUGAGACUAAAGGAAAACGAAGAAGUCCAGAAGCUUAUAUUUGAGGCUUGGAACACAAGUGAAACAGAUACAGUGGAAGGAAAGAUCAGCAGAUGCAGACGAGAAAUCAUCUGUUGGAAUAAAGAAAAGCAUCUAAACAGUCAGGAACGGAUUGAGAGGUACCGGGAAGACCUAGAGGAAGCAAUGAUGGAUAUACAACAUAACACCGAGAUCAUUGAGGAGCUGAACCGAGAACUAGGCAAGGCUUAUCGUGAAGAAGAAGCUUUCUGGAAGCAAAGAAGUAGACAGCUCUGGCUGGCCCUGGGAGAACAGAACACAAGCUACUUCCACGCUGUUACAAAAGGCAGGAAAGCAACAAAUAAGUUCUCAGUAAUAGAAGAUGAGGGCAACAACUCGGUUUAUGAAGAAAAUGAGAUAAUAAAAGUCAUCACGGACUUCUACCAGAAAUUAUUCACCACGGAAGAGGGAGAAAGAAAAUCAACAGUCUUUCAAGCACUGAAACCAUGUAUAUCAGAGGAGGUAAACAAAAACCUGAUAAAAAUACCCACCCCAGAGGAGAUCAAACAGGCAUGCUUCUCCAUCCAUCCGGAAAAAGCCCCAGGACCGGAUGGUUUCUCCGCAUGCUUCUUCCAAACCAACUGGGAGAAAGUGAAAACAAAAAUCAUCUCCGAGAUACAACAGUUCUUCUCUACAGGGAUCCUGCCAAGAAACAUCAAUGCAACACAUGUUAGGCUCAUCCCGAAAAUCGCAAGUCCAAAGAAGGUGUCAGACUACAGACCAAUUGCUCUAUGCAAUGUGUACUUCAAGAUGAUCUCCAAAAUUCUCACCUUAAGCACGGAUUCUGCUAAAGAUCUCUUGAAACCAUUGGUGGAAAAAGCAAUAGGAGAUGGAAACAACACGAGACUGUGGAAAGAUCCAUGGCUCUCAAUGGAAGAACAAAAGAGACCAAUAGGUCCACCUACGGAGACAACAAAAGAUAUGUUAGUUGGGGAACUCCUACACAUGAAUACAAAAGCAUGGGACAAAGAGAAAAUCCGAGCCAUUCUCCCUAACUUGGAAUCAGAAAUCCUACAAAUCCAACCGAGCCGACUGGGAGCAAAAGAUAAAAUCCAACCGAGCCGACUGGGAGCAAAAGAUAAUUACAUAUGGCUUCCGUCAGAGAGUGGAGUCUACACAGCGAAAUCAGGCUAUUAUGAGUCCCUGAAUCAGAGCACAGAGACGAGUGAGGACCAAGAUCAACAACAACACAACUUCAAAUGGAUGAAACACAUCUGGAACAUCCACAGUGCUUCGAAAACAAAAAUGUUUCUAUGGAAAGCAAUGAAUGGAGCGUUACCGGUCGGAGAAAACCUGAAGGCAAGGAACAUCAAUCUGGAGAUACGUUGCCCCCACUGCGGAGAGGAAGAAACAACAUCCCACCUCCUCUUUCACUGCACGUAUGCAGCCCAAAUCUGGAGGAUGAUCCCCUGCAAAGACCAAAUCGAUCCCUUAAGAAUUACAGAUAUCAGAGCGGGAAUUGAAUUAUCACCACAUGUUGUCUGCUUACCUCCCACAGAAACGCCAAUCGGAAGAGGAAACCCUACACCAAGCGAUCGUCUAUGCAAAGGAAUGGCAGAAGGCGCAGCACCAGAAGCACAAACGAGCCGCAGCGGGAACAAAUCCAUUCCUCACGCUCCGACAGGUCUCGCGACGGAAUUGGACAACAUGCAAAACGGACGCCGCCUGGAGAAAGGAAUCGCAAUCGGCGGGACUCGGAUGGAUCAUCUACAACCAUACCGGUGGCAAAGCAGAGGAGAUUCUCGCACAAGGAAUGGCAUCACGCCGCAACAUCAAAUCCCCAAUCAUGGCCGAGGGAUUGGGGGUUCUCGCAGCACUCACACAAGCACGGGACCUCGGCACCAAGCAACUCAUAGUCGCCUCAGAUUCGUAGCAGCUGAUCAAGGCAAUAAACAAAAGGAUUUCCACCAAGGAACUCCAUGGGAUUCUCCACGACAUCCUAGAUUUAUCUUUUGUGUUUGA